AUGAGCUCCUCACGCCGUACCGACGUCCCUAGACGUAUCUCUAGCGCCAAGGAACGCUCCAAAACUCAACGCAAUAAGAAUAGCGAGAUGUCGGUCGCAACAAUGCUUCAGCCUUCCUCACGAGGCUCGACCUCGACCAAUUCCUCUUUUGAGCCUGUCAGUCGUCAGAAUACUUAUUCGAGUCACGAUGGCGCCCGAUCCCUCCGACAAAGCAAGCGUGUCAGUAUGACCGCCUUGUAUGUGAGCAUGAGCGCAAAAGAUAAGGAUUUGGAAAUCAGCGACGAGUUGGCAAGAGCACAACGAACAUUGCGAGAUCUAAAAGGAAAGAUUUCCAAUCAAUCAAAGAAGAAUUUCGUCCUGGAAAAGGAUGUUCGAUAUCUAGACUCCAGAAUUGCGCUAUUAAUCCAGAAUCGAAUGGCUCUGGAAGAGCAAAAUGAAGUGGCCAGUCACCUCGACGAAGCUGCAGACCUGCAGGAAGGCUCAUUUCCCAACGAUGAGAAAACCCAAAAAUAUGGCAAUCUUCUGUUUAUGCUUCAAUCGGAACCCCGCCACAUCGCCCACCUUUGUCGACUGGUCACGAUGGCUGAAAUCGAUUCUCUUUUGCAGACUGUCAUGUUUACCAUUUAUGGAAAUCAAUACGAGAGCCGGGAAGAACAUCUUCUCCUAACCAUGUUUCAGUCGGUCCUGACCCAUCAGUUCGAGACCACGCCUGAGUAUUCGUCUCUAUUGAGACAAAAUACGCCGGUCUCAAGGAUGAUGACUACUUACACCAGAAGAGGGCCUGGCCAGAGCUUCCUCAAAGAAGUCCUGGCGGAAAAAAUCAAUUCACUCACAGAACUGAACGAUGUGGACCUCGAGAUCAAUCCUCUCAAGGUCUAUGAGGCAAUGGUCAAGCAGAUUGAAGAUGAUGGGGGCGUCCUUCCUGAGGACUUGCCCCGGUCUGUCACGGCCGAAUUCGCGGCAGAGAACAUUCAAGUCCAGGCCAUUAUCGCUCCGCGUCUGAAAAUGCUGACUGAGAUCGCCGAGGGAUUUCUUUCCGCCAUAAUCGAAUGCUUGGAGGAAACACCAUACGGCAUACGAUGGAUAUGCAAACAAAUUCGGAACUUGUCACGCCGGAAGUACCCUGACGCCCAGGAUCAAUCGAUCUGUACCCUGAUAGGUGGUUUCUUCUUCCUGCGAUUUAUCAAUCCCGCUAUCGUCACACCAAAAUCUUACAUGCUUAUCGAGAGGGUGCCUGAGGACAAACCCAAACGGACACUGACAUACAUUGCCAAAAUGCUCCAAAACUUGGCCAACAAACCAUCCUACGCCAAAGAGCCAUACAUGGCUAAGCUUCAACCUUUUAUUCAGAGGAACAAGGACCGAUGCAACAAAUUCAUGCUUGAUCUGUGUGAAGUACAGGAUUUCUACGAGAGCCUAGAAAUGGACAACUAUGUGGCGUUGUCCAAGCGUGACCUUGAGCUACAAAUCAGCUUGAAUGAAGUUUAUGCGACACAUGCUCUGCUCGAAAAGCACGCCAUCGAACUCGCCAGCGAUCCUUCCUCACACCUAGGUAUCCUACUACAGGAACUUGGACCUGCACCGCCACAAGUACCACGAAAGGAGAACAGAGCGAUCAAUCUACCCCUCUUUAGCAAGUGGGAGACGUCUUUCGAUGACCUCACCCAUGCACUGGACAUCACACAAGAAGAGAUCUUCUUCAUGGAGGCAAAGAGUACUUUUGUCCAAAUCAUGCGGAGCUUGCCACAAAACGCCCACGUGAUGCGUCGACCCCUACGACUUGAUCGUAUUGCAGAGGCCGCGGGGACUCUCAAGAACGAUGCAGUUAUGGUACGCAAAGGCAUCCGAUGCAUGGAACUCCUGACUCAACUGUCGGAAAUGGGAGCGAUUGAUCGAGGCGAUGAUUAUGCUGUCCUUCGGGAUGAGGUCGAGCAAGAACUCGCUCACCUGGGCUCCCUUCGAGAGAAGGUGGUUGAGGAGACAGGCAAACUGGAGGAUGUUUACAAGACCAUUCGAGACCACAACGCCUAUCUACUAUCACAACUUGAUACAUACAAGAAUUACUUGCACAAUGUCCGGAGUCAAUCGGAAGGCACUCGAAGGGGCAAGACGGAGAAGGUGAGAGAGCUGGGCCCGUACAAAUUUACCCAUGGACAACUGGAGAAAGAUGGUGUCAUCACGAGGAGCAAUGUACCGGAGAAUCGACGUGGCAAUAUUUUCUUCAUGUUCCGAAGCCCAUUAGCGGGCACCUUCGUCAUCAGCUUGCACUACAAAGGGCGUGCUCGUGGUCUGUUGGAAUUGGAUCUCAAGCUUGAUGACUUGCUCGAGAUGCAGAAAGACGGGCAAGACGACCUCGACCUCGAAUAUGUCCAGUUUGAUGUUUCGAAAGUACUUGCCUUGCUCAACAAACGCUUCGCAAGAAAGAAGUGA